AAACAAUCAUGAUAAUGCUUUGCGUCACACGCUUCUUCCUGGUUGUGUUCCGAUGCUCACUGCCAGUACUGCAAAUCUAUAGCUUGCGUCACGUAUACUAUACAUUUCCAGUACUGGCAGUAUACAAUAUCGAAGCACAGGGCCUAUCGUUUCGCGCACGCAUACGCUCCGUCCGCUCGAUCGCCGGCGAUCCCGCAGUUGACAUUUUUUUUUACCAAGUAUACGUCACGUCCGAAAAAUCUCGAAACAGGCACGGAAGCAGCUGCCAGGACCCCCUCCCUCCUUUGAUCCUCCACUCUUCCUCCGCGCAAGUGCGCGCACGGCUUGACACACUUUCACACGGCACAGCCGCUCCUGGUACACGUCGUCGGAGCGCCCAUAUAAUUCCGUUAGGCAAUACCAGACGCGGCAGUCUUCGCGUGUUUUCCCGCAGGUCCGGUGGUGCCCCGAUUCGUGGCUGGCAAGAUGAGUGAUCGCACCGUGGUGAUAGUGUCCGCUGUUAGGACCCCCAUAGGGUCGUAUUGCGGGUCCUUGUCCUCGCUGAAAUCAUCGGAGCUAGGGAGUAUCGUUAUUAAGGAAUGCCUGACGAGAGCUGGGCUGAAAGGGUCGGAUGUGUCCGAGGUCAUUAUGGGACAGAUACUCACUGCGACCGAGGGCCAAAAUCCUGCGAGACAGGCAGCGAUAUGCGCCGGCAUACCUGUCCAUGUGCCUGCCUAUCAAGUGAACAUGCUCUGUGGUUCCGGUCUAAAGUCUGUAAUGGCUGGUUACUGUGCUAUAAAAACAGGGGAAAGCGAUGUAGUCGUGGCUGGUGGGCAGGAAAAUAUGAGCAGAGCGCCGCACGCCACUUAUCUCAGGACUGGGGUGAAAUUCGGAACUUGCAAUUUAAUUGACACACUACUAGACGACGGUCUGACAGACGCUUUCUAUAAUAUUCACAUGGCGGUGACAGCUGAGAAUAUUGCUGAAAAGUAUGCGAUAAGCAGGGAGGAACAGGAUUACUACGCGUGUAAGACUCAGCAGAAGACGGAGGUUGCCAUCGGCGCGGGGUAUUUCGAUAAGGAAAUCAUCCCGGUUACCAUUCCAGGCAAAAAGGAGUCGGUUGUUAUGUCGAAAGAUGAAUUCCCGAAAUUCGGGACGACCAUGGAGAAGCUGGCGAAGCUGAAACCGGCGUUUAAACCGAACAAUGGCACGGUUACCGCCGGCAAUGCGUCCGGUAUAAACGACGGUGCGGCUGCCGUAAUCCUAAUGUCCGAAGAAACUGCCGUGAAGAAAGGGAUCUCACCACUUGCCAGUAUUGUCGCAUUUGCACAGGUUGGAGUUGAGCCUAAAAUUAUGGGCAUCGGACCUAUUGAAGCUGUUAAAUUAGUCCUGAAAAAGGCAAAGUGGACGAAAGAGGAUGUGGACAUUUACGAGCUAAACGAGGCCUUCGCCGCGCAAGCGAUAGUGUGCGUUCGAGAACUCGGAUUAGAUCCCGAGAAAGUUAAUGUAAACGGCGGCGCUAUCGCCUUAGGUCAUCCCGUUGGCAUGUCAGGAACGAGAAUACUGGUCACUCUGUUGCACACUUUAGAAAGGACCGGAAAGAAAAAGGGUGUCGCGUCGUUGUGUAUAGGAGGGGGGAUGGGCAUCGCCAUUGCUGUUGAAAAGAAAUAACGAAUGUCUUCUCUUUAUUUAUAUAUAUAUAUACUUCUUAUAUAAAACUUAUUAUAUUUUUAUUGAAGCGUUUCUUGCUACAAAUGGCCUUUCUGUUACGUUGAAUAAAGGGAUAUUUAUUACUGUUCUGUA